AUGAAUUCAUCACAAAUUGAAUAUGUUUAUCAUCUUUUUCCAAAUCCUUCCACAGUUGAAUUGAAAUUUAAGAGAUCGGGUGAUCAUUUGAGCCUAAUCAUUCAUCAAAAUAUCGGAAUAAUAUUCUUGCAUUAUAAAGGAAAAUCUGUAAAUAUUUUAGAUGAAUAUGUUUUGACUGAGAUGGACCAGAUGAUCGGAGAAAUUGAAAAAUUAAUUCUUAAUGGUACCAUACACGGCAUCAUGUUUUAUAGUUUGAAAAAAGAUAGUUUUAUUGUUGGAGCUGACGUGAAUAUGAUUUACACCAUCACAGACAGUCGAAAAGCCAAAGAGGUUUCCAAACAUGGACAAGCAUUGACCCGAAGAAUUGAAUUAUUACCAGUUAUUGUUUUAGCCGCAAUUCAUGGUACCUGUCUUGGAGGAGGUUUUGAAGUUUGUCUUGCAGCAUCUCAUCGAGUGUGUUCUUCUUCAAGUAAGACUGUUGUUGGAUUGCCAGAAACCAAACUUGGAUUGCUUCCAGGAUGUGGCGGCUGUGUUAGAUUACCGAGAUUGGCUGGACUUGAAAAUGCAUUACAAUUAAUUUUACAAGGCACUCAUGUGGAAGCCAAAAAAGCUCUCAAUAUUGGAAUUAUUGACAAAAUAUUUCCAUACUCAGCAGACUUGCCACCAAAGCCACAUCUAUCUCAAGAAAAAUCUGACGGGCCUUCACAAGAAGAUAUUGAUUUUUUCCAAAGAUGUUUUGAUUAUACAAGGCAACUUGCAAUUGAACAUACACAAGAACGAGAAAAAAUUGUUGCAGAAACUGUUAAAAAUAUUUUGGAACUAGCAACAAAAGGAACAGCUGUAUUCAAUCAAGAAGCCUCCUUCCAAUUGGGAAAAUACAAACGAAGACCCAUUACAUUUUCAGAAUAUUUAAAAGAUAAUCCAAUCGGAAGACUUCUGAUUGGAUUUUUUACGACUACAAGUAUUCAGAAACAAACAAAGGGACAUCCUUACAAAUCGCCUUUUCUCAUUCUUGACACGAUCAUGAAUGGUUACACAAAACCUAUAGAUGAAGCUCUAGAAAUUGAAUCAACAAAUUUUUCUGAGCUUGUUAUUGAUCCUGUCUCUAAAAAUUUGAUUUCUCUAUUCAACACAGUCGAGUCAGCAAAAAAAGCUGAAAACUUUUGCGACCCAAAAUAUUGUAGUGUGAAAUGUAAAGACGUGAUCAAGAAAAUUGGAGUUGUUGGCUCAGGAACUAUGGGAGCUGGCAUUGCACAACUCUGCCUGCUAAAAGGUUAUAAUGUAUAUUUAAAGGAAGUUGAAUUUCAUUAUUUAGAACGCGGAUUAAAGCGCAUUAGAAAUGAAUUAUUCGGAAAAUUGGUUGAAAUUGGUAAAAUGACUGAACAAGAACGAGACGAAAUUAUGCAAAAACAAUUAGAAUCUGGAUUGGAAUAUGAGCCUCUCGAAAACUGUCAAAUGGUUAUCGAAGCUGCAUUGGAGAGAGUGGAUAUUAAAAAAGAAGUAUUAGAAAAAGCUCAAUCUCUAAAUAAGAACAUUAUAUUUGCAACGAAUACUUCUUCCAUUCCUCUCACAUCGAUUGCAGAAGAAAGUGAAUUCAAACAAAAUGUUAUUGGACUUCAUUUCUUUAAUCCUGUACACAAAAUGCCUCUUGUAGAGAUCAUUUGUACUCCCUAUACCUCACAAGAAGUAUUAGCUCGAUGCUAUCAGCUUGCAUUGGAUCUUGGAAAACUCCCAAUUGUUGUCAACGAUAGUCCAGGAUUCUUAACAACUCGAUUGUUUGCAGUGUACUGCUUAGAGGCUACCAGCAUUGUGCUUGAUGGAGUACCUUUUGAAGAAAUAGAUAAACGAUUACAACAAUUUGGUUUUGCUGCAGGUCCUUUAAGCACCCUCGAUCAUAGUGGUCUUGAUAUUGCUGUUCAUGUCAUGCCUAUCAUUGCAGGAAAAUUAAAUCUCAAAUUUGAUCAUUAUGAAGCGUUGAGCGAGUUAGUGAAAGGAGGAAAUGUUGGAGUCAAGAAUCACAAAGGAUUUUUCCUUUAUGAUGAGAAUGGAAGACAAUUAGGUCCAAAUCCAGAAGCAUUAAGAAUUAUUGCAAAACAUCAAUCAAAGAGAGAAAGAAGAGUUAAUAUGGCUACCAUUAUUGAUGACCUUAUUGACAGAUGUAUUUUAACUCUGAUCAAUGAGGCUUCGAAAUGCAUUGAGGAAAAUAUUGUGUCAUUGCCAGAAGCCAUUGACUUAUCCCUUAUUCUGGGUUUUGGCUUUCCUCCUUUUUUAGGAGGUUUAUUAAACUUUGCAGAUAGGUUGGGCAUUGCGAACAUUGUACAAAGGUUGGAUGAAUUAACAGAACGAUAUGAAACUGUGAAGGCUCCUUGCAGAUUAUUGAUAGAUAUGGCAAACUCAAAUCAUCAUUUCUUCCCUGAACGAAUGGUGAUUCAUAACAUCCUUGACAGCCAAAGAAAACAACAAAACAUUAGUAAACUUUAA